AUGGCAUUCCGAGUCAGAAGCAGGACAGAUGUCUUCAAGGUACCCAACUUUGGCGGAUUGCCCCAUGUUUUCUUCGGUAAGCCAGCCCCCAAGAAAGGACUGCAAUUCAAUGGUCUGAUCACAAUUGUCAAAGCCGACUACCUGGGAACUGAAAGUGAGAAGGCAACCAACCCUAUUAGCGGAUCUUGGUUUCGGAUAGAAAAGGGACCGGGAGCAACCCCCCCGAAGUAUGAUUAUGAUGAGAUUGGAUUGGUGAUAGAAGGUGAAAUCACAUUGAAAGAUGCAACUGGCCACACAGAAACCGUUCGACGUGGCGAUACUUUCAUGAUCCCACGAGGCAGCACGAUCACCUUUUCCUCCAACACCUAUGGGGUUGCAUGGAAAUGCGGGGGGAGGCCAAUGAGCAGACUUUGA